CCCCAUCUUACAUAGCCACCACCAAGAGUUUCCUCCCCACUACAUACUGGAUAUUUGAAAUAUUAAUAGUAGAGUACUAUUAGUACUACUACUAGUUGACAUUGAAACAAAUACUUUAACAGCAGCGUGCCCAUCGUAUCAUGGCUGCUGUUGUUACUGUUACUUCCACCACUACUACAACCCAUACAAACAAUACCAACACCACCACUAAAACCAUGUCACCAAGAUCAAGUCCCAUCCCCUCUCCCCCUCUCAACCCUAGUCCCGCCAUCACCGCCUACAAAGUCUACAGCCUCGGCUCCGCCAAACUCGACCGCGAAGCCCGACGUCAAACCCCCGAUCUUGGUCGUUUAGUCGCCCACGCCAACAUCAUCGACAAUGUCCGACGCUGGAGUCGCACCGUCGCCAUUCCUACUGAAAACGUCGUUGUCGAAGUCGAUCCUUUCGACGACUCUAAUUCAUCAGAUGAAGACCUCGAGGAUGAUGCCGAGGUUGGAACAGUGGCAGUGUUUGAUUUCAGCCCGGACGAGGACGAAGACGACGUCACCACGAAGGAAUUCGUCGAGAAUAUCGUUUUGGAAGAACCGAAACCGAAUCAAGUAGUGGCGAGUACGGCACCGAGACGAAGACCUCCUCCUCCUCCACCGACGACUUCGACCUAUGAUAUCAAAGAUCAUUCGUGGAGACAAGCGAGGCCGGUCAUGAUUCGAGAAACGGCGAUUGAAGUUGAUGAGGAUGAUUGAUUAAUUGAUUGGUCGGCAUGGGGUUUUCAUGAUGAAGUUUUUUUCUACCUUUUGGUCAAGCGAUUCAGCGGCAUCAAACCAUUACAGCACGCACGUUUUUAUAUCCAUCCAUUCCCUGGCGACGACCCGAAGAAACCACAACCAAAACCAAAACCCAACUACCUCGACAUUCUACGUUUUGAUCUACUCAAGUGCUGAAAGAUCACCACAAACCUUACCCUACCUCCCGCAUGCCUACAAAUUAUGAAGACUCGAUCUGGAGCGAGGAGGGGACGAGGAGAGAAGAAGGACGGUGAGGAGGAUUGUUCACUGGCGGACAGAGAAUGCUAACCAACCGGGAUGGAACUCGACGAUUGAAAAGCCAUCACCUAGGUACCUAGGGACUUAUUGUACAACAUUACUACGACAUAGUGUAUUACUAUACUUGCAUGAAUGCAUGAAUGAAUGUCUACGAAGCUAUAAGCAUACAGUUCUUUA